AUGCUCAUCAGCUUCUUGGUCGGCUCGGACACUCCUAUAUUACUGCUUGAAAAAAGCAAAUGCCCCAGCCAAAGACGGCUGAAAGCAUGCUCUCUUCGCCGCCUUUCGUUUAACGGAUUACUGCAGGGUAGCAAGAGAUCCCAGAUCUGCGACAGACUUGCAGAUAGCCACGAUCUCAUUCACAUUCAUGCCGGCCGCCUGAUCAGAGCCUUCCUAGAAAAGAACAACGAGACACUUGAGAGCCGAUGCAUUCAGAACGGCGACCUCGUCCCUGACCAAAUCGCUAUCGACGCAGUCAUACCAGCGAUUAGGAAACAUCAGCGUCGAGGGUGCAUCAUCAACGGCUUCCCUCGAACGAGAGUUCAGGCCGUGGCCAUGCAAGAAAGCCGGAUCGUUCCUGACAAGUUCAUUGUCCUGCAAGUUCCAUCGAGCGAACUUUCAGCGUCCUUCCAACUGCAUCGAGCUGCCGAGAGGGAUGAGAGGGAACAUGUCGACAGUCUGUUGGGCGUGGCGGCAGACCCAGAGGAAGUACAGCCACCCGAAGCGGGCCUGCUGUCCUCCAAUCAAAACAGCAAAAAGGUUCAAGCAUAUGAGAGGCAUAUAGCCAGCAUCAUGCAGCAGUACUGCUCUGCGUAUCACAUUAUCGACUCUUCUGCAAUUCAGGACGAGACUCUUCGAAGGAUCCGAAUCAUAGGACCGAGAGGAAGCGGCAAGUCGACACAAGCAGAACUGCUUGCUGAUUGGUACGGAGUCGUGCACUUCGAUGCACUUCAGAUCAUCCGCGAGUUGGCAAUCACAAACCCAACGGCAAGGGAAGCCCUCCGGCUGGCCGAAGAAAAGGGAGAUCUAUUGCCACAGGACAUUCUCCUGCCAGUUCUGCUGAACAGAUUGCGACAAGCAGAUUGUGCACAGCGCGGAUGGGUGCUCGAAGGUUUUCCGCAAACCAGCUCGCAGGCUGAGUGGCUUCGCCAUGCGCGGCUGACACCAACACAGCUCAUUGCGUUGGACGUUGAAUCUGUGGGUCCUGACACCGUCACGUAG